AAAUGAAGCCCUGACCCUUAAAGAACGCCAUUAUUCUCUUCCAACACUCAACAGGGUCCCAUUCCCAUGCCCUUAUAAAUUGCCCAACCUUCUGCCUACGCCUCUGGACAAAUACGACUAUUCAAACGCUUUCACCAAUGACGAUGACCGAAGAACAAAAGCUGAGGAAAACAGAAGAAGCGGGUGAUAUUCGAGGCGAUGUCUUAGAAUCCAUUCUAUGUCUUGUUCCUCUCAUCCAUCUCCUUCCAGCCACUCAGGUGUCUAAAUCAUGGAACCACGCCGUUUUCUCAUCCCUUCACCAUUUCAACAAGCCCAAACCUUGGCUCCUUGUCCAUGCUCAGAGCUCACGUCCCCCUUACGCCACCACAGCCCUUGCUUACGACCCACGCUCCAACCUUUGGCUCCGGAUCAACCAAAACCCACCCAUCGAAUACGUCUCCGCUCUCCGUUCUUCCAACUCGACGCUCCUCUACAUGCUCUCUCUCUCUAAAUUCUCCUUCUCCUUCGAUCCUCUCCACCUAUCGUGGCAUCACGUGGACCCACCCCUCGUCUGGCGCACCGACCCCAUCGUCGUCGUCGUUGGCGGCCAUGUGGUCGUCGCUGGAGGCGCGUGCGACUUCGAGGAUGAUCCACUCUCGGUUGAAAUCUACAACCUCGACACACGCAGUUGGACCACGUGUGAGUCCAUGCCAGCAAUCCUCAAAGAUUCAGCAGCUUCUACGUGGCUUUCUGUCGCAGCCAAUGCUAAAAAGUUGUACGCCAUGGACCAAGUUACUGGUGUUACGUACUCUUUUGACCCGAGUUCCAGGAUUUGGUCUGAACCAUUCCAUCUGCGUCAUGACCAGAACAUUUACUUUUCUGCGAUUGGAUAUUACGGGGAUAGCUUGAUCAUGGUGGGGUUACUUGGAAAUUCCGAGAAUGUUAAAGAUGUCAAAAUCUGGGAACUAAAGGGCGAGUCCUUUGAGUUUUGUAAAGAAAUGGGGGUGAUGCCGAAGGAGUUGGUGGUGAAGCUGAAAGGGGAACAGACAAAUUUAUUUUCAAUAAGAGUAAGUUUAAUGGGUGAAUUUUUGUAUAUAUAUAAUCCUGGAGAGCCCGAGGAAUUGGUGGUGUGUGAGAUCGACGGCGAAGGGCUUUGCCGGUGGCGAAGUUUGAAGAACGCGGCGGUGAGUGAUGGGAGCAGGGUGGCGAAGAGGAUGGUGCUUACGUGUGCCGAUGUGGGGUUGGGCGAUUUAGGUAAAGCGGUGGGUUCGGGGAAAGGAAGUUUCAGUAUUGUUGAUAGUGGGAAUUUACAGCGAUUUUGAGAUCGUUUUUAUUAAAACUUCAUGAAUUGAACAGUUUGACUUGACUCAUGAGUCAUAGUGAAUAUGGGGAGCUGCUUUUGCCCGUUCCUACUUUGCUUUUAUCUCCACAUUACCUUUCUA